AUGGCAUCCCCCAAGAAGCCCGUCCUUACUGCUCGUGAGACCGAACUUGCUGGUCUCGUUUGGCAGUGUUUCGAAGUUGAGCCCAAGAUCAACUUCAAGAAGCUUGCCGACCUGGCCGGCUUCAAGAACGCUGCCACUGCCAGCGCCUGCUGGGGCCCGGCCAAGAAGAAGCUCAUGGCCAACGCCGGCAUUGCCACGCCCACCAAGACGCCCACCAAGACGCCCACCAAGCGCGGUGCCGCCGCCGCCGCCGUCGGCAGUGAGAACCAAGCCACUCCCAGCAAGAAGCCUCGCAAGAGCGUCGCCAAGGCAACCAAGAAUGGUAACGGUAACGGACAGCGAGGUGCCACCAUGGACGCCGAUGUCCCCGAUGACGAGGACGACAAGGACUUUGAUCUUGCCAUCAAUGCCCAGCUUAUCGACGAUCAGCGCACUGUUCAUAUCAAGGAGGAGGACGACAAGAAUAGCAUCGUGGGCGACGACGAUGACGACGUCGUCAUCUACCAGGAUGGUGAGGUCUAA